AGCCAGCGGCCACAGGCUCCCGCAGCGGCGCAGAGCGACUCAGCGCGGCGCAACAAGCACGACAUUCCACGGGACUCGAGGAGCCUCGUCUAGACCGCAGCUGGGCUCCCGCAUCCAAACCUCCCUCCGCCUACCCCCAGCUCAUCCCUCUGCAGCCUCCUGCGGGAAGGUUUGAUCCCGCCGGGGCUCUCGGUGCUCCCGGGCCGCGCGCCAUGGGCAGCCCCCGCUCCGCACUGAGCUGCCUGCUGUUGCACUUGCUGGUUCUCUGCCUCCAAGCCCAGCAUGUGAGGGAGCAGAGCCUGGUGACGGAUCAGCUCAGCCGCCGCCUCAUCCGGACCUACCAGCUAUACAGUCGCACCAGUGGGAAGCACGUGCAGGUCCUGGCCAACAAACGCAUCAAUGCCAUGGCAGAAGACGGGGACCCCUUUGCAAAGCUCAUUGUGGAGACAGACACCUUUGGGAGCCGAGUUAGAGUCCGAGGAGCUGAGACAGGCCUCUACAUCUGCAUGAACAAGAAGGGGAAGCUGAUCGCCAAGAGCAACGGCAAAGGCAAGGAUUGCGUCUUUACGGAGAUAGUACUGGAGAACAACUACACAGCGCUGCAGAAUGCCAAGUAUGAGGGUUGGUACAUGGCCUUCACCCGCAAGGGCCGGCCCCGGAAGGGUUCCAAGACACGACAGCACCAGCGUGAGGUCCACUUCAUGAAGAGGCUGCCCCGUGGCCACCACACCACCGAGCAGAGCCUGCGCUUCGAGUUCCUCAACUACCCGUCUUUCACGCGCAGCUUGCGUGGCAGCCAGAGGACUUGGGCCCCUGAGCCCCGAUAGGUGCCUGCCGGCCCCUCCACGCAAGGCCAGACAAGGAGACCCUCCUCUGGUGGGGGCUCACAAAAGAGAAACUCAAGCCAGAUGAGAUCUGCGCUGCUGCAGGCUGGGGAGGUGCUGGGGAGCCAGAGGUUCCAGUUGUUGAUACUGUUUGCUGUUGGGGUUUUUUGCAGUUUUUUUUUUUUUUAAACAAAAGAGAGGCUCUAUUUUUGUAUUCCA